AUGUUCAAGUGCUAAUAAUUUAGACUGGAUGCAUUGAUAUGGCUGAAUGGUACCAAAUGCUUUUGGAAUGGUUCACAAUGUGUGAUAAAAGGAUGUUCCAGCAAUACAUCUGCCACAUCCUAAGCUGAAUGUGAAGCAUUUUCAAGUGAAUGCAUUUUCAAUGUAUCAGCAUCUAUUGGAUGUGUAGAUAAAUUCUGUGAGAACAUCAUUCAGUAAGAUCAAUGCACAGUUGAUGCUUUUAAUAAUAACUGCAUUUGGAAAAGCAAUUGCUUUGUAAAAUAAUGUGUUUUUGCACCUAAAACAUUUCAAACUCAUUCAGAAUGCGAGACGUACCUGAUGGAAUGUGGCUUAGAUGAUUCAGGAUUUGGAUGCAUGAAUAAGUUGUUAACAUGUUCAGCUUAUGUCAGUGAAAAGGGAUGCAAUAAAACUAAAUCAGGGGGAAGUUGUGCAUGGAAUAAUUAAAAAUGUGUUGAGAGACAAUGUAAUAUGGCUGGUAAUUCAUUUACUACAACAGGGGAAUGUUAACUAUACAAAUCUGAUUGCAUAGUGAACAACAAUCAAAAUGGUUGCAUGAAUCUCACUCCUAAUUGUGGUGAUAGACAUCUAAAAGAGAAUUGUGAAUUUGGAACAUUGCCAUUUUGUAUUUGGAAUAUAACUAAUGAAUGUGUUCAAAAAUCCUGCGAAACUGCCAGUGUUGUUGGAUCUCGGAAUUAUCUAACUUUUUUCACACAAUCAAAUUGUAAUCAAUAUAUGAAUGAUUGUGUGUUGAACAACUCUAGCAAUGGGUGUAUGACUAAACCUUCCACGUGCAAUCAAUUGGGUAUUAACAAUUGUUAUGCCUCAAUUCAGAAUGAUUGCAUUUGGACUGGAGGACAAUGUCUAGAAAAGUUCCCAUUAGGAAUGUUAUAGCUAAUACAAUAAAUGUACUGUAAAUAGCAGUUUAAAUGGGUGCAUGAAUCUACAGAAAUGUUAAUAUUAUCCAAAUGUGUGCUAUGUGUAUGGACUGGGAUGUAUUGUAGAGAAUCCAUUUGCACGGAUUCCGCAGAUUCCAAUAAUUUUGAUAACUAUGAGAAAUGCCAAUCACUAAACCCUGAUUGCACAGUAGUGAGUAGAGUAGAUCAGAGAGGGUGCAUUAAGAAACUAAGUAAUUGUAUAGAGUACAAAUAUUAGUAUCAAUGUUAUUCAACCCUCAAUUAAGUUGACUGCAUUUGGACACAUAAUAAGUGUCAAGAACUUUAAAAGUUAGACUGUACUUUAAUUCCAUUGCAGAUCUACAAUGAUGCUAAUUGCAGUUCUAUCUUGUUCAGAUGCAAAUCGAAUUAUUUGGAAUCACAAUGCAUAGACAAAACAUGCACUGACUAUUCGUACUCAACCAAAGCAGAUUGCGAAAGGAUAUCAGGUUGUACUUUGAAUAGGGAUGCAAAUGGGUGCAAUGAUAAAAAGGAUUUCUGUUAUGAAUACACACCAGAUUUAUCUUAUUGCAAUUAUUCUAAAUAGGGAAAAUGUGCCGUAAGGGGAAUAGAGUGUGUAUACAUACAUAUUGAUUGCAAUACUCUUCCCACUCCUACAAUAAAUACUGAUUGUUCUAAUAAAAGAGACUUUUGUAUCAUGAUUGUAUAAGGCUCCUCAUAUACUUGUAGUGCCGGUCAAUGCUCUGGUUUUUCUGGUGCUACUUAUUCAUUUGAUGUUUGUCAAGCAUAUGAUUAUUCUUGCACAGUAAAUCGUACAUCUACUGGAUGUGCUCUUAUGGCUAAUAAAUGUAGUUCUGCAACAAGUGACAAUUGCGUCUACUCAAAGGAUGAUCAUAAAUGUAUCUGGACAGGUACCGUGUGUAAACCUGUAGCCAAUACUUCAGAAUAGAAUUGCUAUUUGCUGACUGACCCUUCCUCUAAUCUAACCUUUGACUUAUGCCAACAAUACUCCAAUAAUUAUUGCAGUGUUAAUAGAGCUGGGAAUGCAUGCAUAAACAUGCUAGAAAAUUGCACUCUAUAUACAGCUUUGAGCGAUUGCUAUCAAUCAUCUCGGGGCAGGUGUAUAUAAAAUAACUAAGAAAAUUCAAAAGCUGCAUGCAUUGACAUUCCAAAUUCCAUCUCGUGCUAUUAAAUAUUGCUAGGUGAGAACUUUUACUACACUCAUUAAGUCUGUCAAAAAUUCAAUAGCAAUUGUACAAAUUAUACAAAUCUAGGAUGCAUAGAGAAGACCUGUAAAAAUAUCAUGAUAAACCCAACAACCCAUGAGGAGUGUGAAUCAUGGCUAUCCAUAUGCACUAUCAACAGCUCACGGGAUGCUUGUGUUGAAAAGAAUUCAACCUGCUAAUAAUAGAGUGUUAGUGAUUGUCUAUGGACUCGAGAAGGGUAAUGCAUUUUGAAUGUCAUCUUUUAUCCACUUAGUAGACUCAUUACGAAUGCUCUAAUGAGUAUAAUAAAUGUACUGUGGCCAAUAAAGGUGGUUGCACUACAAAAUCAUAAAAUUGCAGUAGUUACUUAACAGAAAUUCAAUGCAAGUACAACCAUGCUAAUUAAAAGUGUUGGUGGAAUCAAAGCACUCUCAAAUGUGUAACUCUAAUAUGUGAUUAGCUUACAUAAAACUAUGCAAUUCCUGAUUGUCCAACUCUAAAGCCUUGCAAUUAAUAUAUUGCCAUAUCAGAAUGUUUAUUCGACAAUUAGAAUCAACCUUGUGUCUGGAAUACUAACACUAAUAGAUGUCAAUACAAACAAUGCAAUGCCGCUUCAAUCUACUAUGAAAAUCAUUAGCAAUGUCAAAAUUUUAAUAGUAAAUGCACAGUCUAAGUCAAAUUAAAUAAUCUAGAAUAAUAGAUUACACAAGGUUGUCGAGAGGUAAGCAUCAACUGCAGUGACUAUAAGUUUGAAUAACAAUGUUUUAUCACUAAAGACAAUAAAAAAUGUGCUUGGUUUGAAUCUGCCUGUAUUAUAUCAACCUGUGACACUGCUCCAAAAACUGCUGACUAUUCUACCCAUUAAGGUUGCCAAGAAUACUUAAACACCUGUACAGUCUCACCAGAUUUGCUUGGUUGUAUAACGAUUCCAAAGAAAUGCUCAGAUAUCAGCCUUGAAAUCUCAUGCAUUAGAGAUGGAAGUGGCAAUGAUUGUUUCUGGUAUGAUUCAACAUGUCAAAUCAAAACUUGUUCUGCUGCUCCACCUUAGUAAAACAGUGCUUUACUCUGUUCACUUUGGGUACCUAAUUGUACAGCUGAAGACAAGAACAAAUGCAAGAGACAAUCUUGUGAAGAGUACGAAUAUAAUACUGAUUUCUGAAUGCAAAGCAGCCAUGUAAACUUGUACAACUGAUGGUGUAAAAUGUGUUCAAAGACGAUCUUGUUCUGCUUCUUUAAGUGAAGCUGGAUGUACCACAUCAAUCAAUAAUGAAUAAUGUUUUUGGAUUGGUACUAGUUGUACUUUGAAAGAGUGUUAAAUAAUCAAUAAAGAGAAGGAAUGUAAUGUAAGUUACAAUAAAAUUAAAUGCAUUUGGUAAAAUGGUAUUUGUAGAAACGUAGAAGAUUGCUAAGAUUAUACUGGUAACAAUCAUACAGAGUGCUAGAAAUAGAAUGCUUCAUGUACAAUUGGAGAUAACUAGAAGUGUAUGAAAUUAAAGAGUUGUGCUGAAUUCGUUAGCUCAAAAUCAUGUGUUUAAGGGUUGGAUGGUCCUUGUAGAUGGGUUCCUAAGCUAUCCAAGUGUUUCUAAUUUACUUCUUGCAAAUCAAUACAAUUUACAACUGAUCAGGAAUGUAAGUAGGUUUCCCCUCUAUGCACAACUGAUGGAUAUACUUGUAUUGCUAUCACAUUGUGUGCAGAAACAAAUACAGAGGGAGGUUGUGUAAGUGGCAUUGAUGGUAAUUGUAUCAUGACUGUUCCCGCUUUGAAUUCAACCCUAAAUCCAAUAUAUGCAUAUUACCUUACUCAUUAAGAUUGUCAAAAAGCAAGCAAAAACUGCACAACUGAUGGAUUGAAUGGAUGUAUCAAUCUUAGUGAAUGUGAGUAAUAUGUCAAUUAAGUCUCAUGUAACAUUAAUUCCAUAGGAGUGCAAUUGUAAAAUGAUUAAAUAAUAUCCACUGGAGCUUGUGUCUGGAAUUAAAGUGGGAAAUGUGCCAACUAAAUUUGCACAGAUUUAUAUGGCACAUCUCAUUAACAAUGCACUCUGCACCUAUCCACAUGCACUUACGAUGGAGUAACUUGUAUCUCCAAAUUAAAUUGUUCUGAGUAUAAGACAUAGGACAUUUGCUCUGCUGCUUAUGGAUUAGAAGGCCGAUGCAAUUGGAAUGCCUUUUAAGGAAUUUGUUAACCAUUUACAUGCAGUAGUAUUACAAAUGGAACUACCUUAGAAUAUUGUUAAUCAACUUUGUCAUCUUGUAUUACUGACGGAUUCAACUGUGUAAGUAAAGAUGUGUGUUCAUCAUACACUACUAAAAUUGCUUGUACUCUAGGUGGAACUGAUGGCAUCUGUGUAUGGAAUGGAUUCUCCUGUUAGCUGAUGUAAUCCUGUAAUUCAGCAGAUAUAGAUCAAGAUGCCUGCCUAAUGGGCAAGGAUCGUUGUGUAUUUAAAUACGCGAUUGGUAUUACUACUAGUUCAUGUUCUGCUCAUACUUGUGAAUCUUAUGAAAAGACGAAUGGUAAAUGCAGUUCUUUUUAUAAUUGGGAUAAAUCCUUCAAAAAGAGCUGCCAAUUAGUCGAUGGAAAGUGUGUUGAGUUCGAUUUAACCAUUCUGGAUUAAUCCCGAUGUUAUACAGUUUCAGAAUAUACUUAUACUUGGAAUGCAUCAUAGAAUAAGUGUCAAUCAUGUAAUGACGUGGUUGACACAACUACAAAUCAAACUUAAAAUCAGAGCAAUUAAACAACAAAUACGUCGACGGAUCCAGAGAGCACUGUGAAUGAUUUGGCUAGAAAUCUUGAAUUGAUUUUUAUGUUCUUGAUUAUGGUUUAUUGA